UGGGAUAUUUAAGUCCGCUCCGCGGCGCGGAGCCGCGAUGUCUCCGGCGGCUCCGGCGGCUGCGGCGGCUGACGGAGGCGAGCGGCGGCGGCCCCCGUUGGGCGUACGGGAAGGCCGGAGCCGGGCCCGCGGCUGCGGAGGACCGGCGGGUGCUGCGGCUCUCGGCCUAGCGCUGCUCGGCCUCGCGCUCUACCUAGUGCCCGCGGCGGCCGCGCUGGCCUGGCUGGCCGUGGGGGCGAGCGCGGCCUGGUGGGGCCUGAGCCGAGAACCCCGCGGCCCGAGGGGCCUGUCGUCGUUCGUGCGCGAAUCGCGCCGUCACCCGCGGCCCGCGCUCACCGCUUCACCGCCUCUAGCCAAGUCGCCAGUCAACGGUAGCCUCUGCGAACCCCGCAGCCCGCUUGGAGGCCCCGACCCCGCUGAGCUCUUACUCAUGGGCAGCUACCUGGGCAAGCCAGGCCCGCCCGAGCCUGCUCUCCCGCAGGACCCAAGGGAGAGGCCGGGGCGCCGCCCACCCUCACGCUCCCCGCCGCCGGCAACCGCGGUCCAGCGAGUCCACCACGUCUACCCUGCGCUCCCCACCCCACUUUUGCGACCCGCCCGGAGGCCGCCCCACCGAGAUUGUGGGCCUUUAUCCAGUCGGUUUGUUAUAACACCUCGAAGACGAUAUCCCAUUCAGCAAGCCCAGUAUUCCUUGCUUGGGGCACUUCCAACCGUCUGCUGGAAUGGUGGUCAUAAGAAGGCUGUGCUGUCUGCACGGAACUCCAGGAUGGUGUGCAGCCCAGUGACAGUGAGGAUUGCCCCUCCAGACAGCAAGCUGUUCCGCUCACCAAUGCCCGAGCAGAUACUUGACACAUCAUUGUCCCCACCAUCAAGUAGUGCCCCAGACCCGUGUGCAAAAGAGACUGUCCUGAAUGCCCUCAAGGAAAAGAAGAGGAGGACAGUGGCAGAGGAAGACCAGCUGCACCUUGACGGCCAGGAAAACAAGAGGAGGCGCCAUGAUAGCGGUGGGAGCGGACAUUCAGCAUUUGAGCCUCUUGUGGCCAACGGAGUCCCUGCUGCAUUUGUGCCUAAGCCUGGCUCCCUGAAAAGAAGUCUGGCUUCCCAGAGCUCAGAUGACCACUUGAACAAACGGUCUCGCACCUCCUCUGUGAGCUCCCUGACUAGUACAUGCACAGGAGGUAUCCCCAGCUCUAGCCGCAACGCCAUCACCAGCUCCUACAGCUCCACCCGUGGCAUCUCACAGCUGUGGAAGAGGAGUGGUCCCACGUCUUCUCCCUUCUCCAGCCCAGCUUCCUCCCGCUCCCAGACGCCAGAGAGGCCAGCCAAGAAGACAAGAGAGGAGGAGCCAUGUCAGCAGUCCAGUUCUUCAGCUCCCUCGGUGACAGACAAGGAGUCCCCAGGAGAAAAGGUUACAGAUGCAGCCGCUGGGAAGCAGCAGAGCUUAUGGACUUCCCCACCCACACCUGGCAGCUCUGGGCAACGCAAACGGAAGAUUCAGUUGCUGCCCACCCGGCGAGGGGACCAGCUCACCUUGCCUCCACCCCCUGAGCUCGGCUAUCCCAUCACUGCUGAAGACCUGGACAUGGAGAGGAAGGCCUCACUGCAGUGGUUUAACACGGUCUUGGAGGACAAGCCGGACGAUGCUUCCACCUCAGCCACUGACAACCCCCCCGCCUCCAGCUCUCCCUUCACAUUCACCCUGCCUGCUGUGGGGCCUGCCGCCUCACCAGCCUCCCUCCCAGCUCCCAGCUCCAACCCACUGUUGGAGAGCUUGAAGAAGAUGCAGGAGUCUCCAGCCCCAUCGUCCUCGGAACCUGCUGAGGCAGCAACAAUUGCAGCUCCUUCACCUCCAAAGACACCCAGCCUCCUGGCUCCUCUUGUCUCACCACCGACAGGGCCUUUAGCCAGCACCUCCUCAGACUCCAAACCUACAGCCACCUUCCUGGGGCUGACUUCUGCUUCCUCUACAACACCACUCACUGACACCAAGUCCUCUGGAGUCUCUCAGGCUGAGCAGUCUGUCAGCACCCCAGCCUCCACAGCUUCCUCCCCAACUCCAAAACCCAGCAUGCUGUUUGGGAUGCUGAGUCCACCUGCCAGCUCUUCCUCCCUUGCCACUCCUGGUCCAGCUUGUGCUUCUCCCAUGUUUAAACCCAUUUUCCCAGCCACACCUAAAAGUGAGAGUAAUAGCCCCUUGCCAACUAGCUCCUCAGCCGCCACUACAGCUUCAUCUAGCACCGCCACCCCCACAGCAGCCAGCACCGCAGCUCCCACUUUCAAGCCCAUUUUUGACAAGCAGGAGCCAUUUACAGCCAUGCCCCUGUCAACUCCCUUCUCCCUGAAGCAGACAACUGCUACAGCCACCACUACGGCCACAUCAGCUCCUCUUUUCACCGGUCUAGGCACUGCCACCUCCACGGUGGCCUCUGGUACCACAGCUUCUGCCUCAAAGCCUGUGUUUGGCUUUGGAGUGACCACCGCAGCAAGCACGGCCAGUACUGCCCUGACUCCCACCCCCCAGUCCCUUCUGCUCGGGGGGGCCCCCCCUGUUACUGCUUCCAGCUCCACCCCAGCCCUGCCCUCCAUCUUCCAGUUUGGCAAGCCCCUUGCCCCAGCAGCAUCUGCAGCAGGAGCCUCCUUUAGCCAGCCCCUUGCCAGCUCUGCCCAGACUGCUGCCAGCAGUAGCAGUGGUGGCUUCAGUGGUUUUGGCAGCACCCUCACCACCUCCACCUCGGCCCCUGCCACCCAGAGCUCACCCUUCGCCUUCAGUGUGGGCAGUACACCUGAAAGCAAGCCUGUGUUUGGAGGCACAUCCACACCUACUUUUGGGCAGAGUGCCCCUGCCCCAGGCAUAGGCACAGCAGGGAGCAGCCUCUCAUUUGGGGCCUCUUCAACACCUACCCAAGGCUUUGUUGGAGUUGGACCUUUUGGAUCAGCAGCCCCUUCAUUUUCCAUUGGCGCGGGAUCCAAGACCCCAGGGGCUCGACAGCGACUUCAGGCCCGAAGGCAGCACACCCGCAAGAAGUAGCCUGCCUCUUGUCUCCACUCCCCCAUCCCUUGCCUGAAUCUGGACCUCAGCGCCUGCUAGGAAGAGCCUCUGCCCCUUCAAAUUCCAUAGCAAACCCAGCCUGUCGCCAGGGUGGAAGUGGCAGCCUGGCCCUUUCUGUUCUGGAGGAAGCGAGUGCCCCAGGGAGGGGCAGAAGCCCGAUGCUUUACUUGAACAGUCACACUGGUUAGGCUGGAGAACUGAAAAAACAUCUGUACAUAUUGUC